AUGAGAAUACGCAAUAAAACGCUAAAUGAGGAGGAAAUUGCGACGAUAUUGUUGUACACACUGAAGGGCCUGGAGUAUUUACACUCAAGACGGAAAAUCCAUAGAGACAUAAAAGCUGGAAACAUAUUGUUAAACACAGAGGGCCACGCCAAGUUAGCAGACUUUGGUGUGGCUGGGCAACUAACGGAUACAAUGGCCAAGAGGAACACAGUGAUAGGCACACCCUACUGGAUGGCCCCAGAAGUGAUACAGGAGAUAGGCUAUGACUGUGUGGCUGACAUUUGGUAGUUUAGGU